UUGAAGAAUUCAAUGAAAAUAAACAAAGUUUUACAAAUUUUAAAGAAUAAAGGCUAUAAAGACUAUAUAGACUAUAUGACUGACGCUUUAUAAAUUUUAUAUAGCCCAUUAUUCACUACAGUUAUAAGCAACAGAGAAAAUGAUAGAAUCGUGAGAAUAAACUUGGUAUAUCCAAGUAAGUUUUUUUCUCAACGUAUCAUCUGUUAUGCAGUUUUUUAUUCGCGCAACGAUAAUGCUGAAUACUUAAUGGAAAUUUGAAAUGAGAGAAGAAGCAGAAUAUUUAAUAUACUUUGGUGUAAGUUGAUCAUUCGAUGCUUUUAAGCUGUGAUAUUGUGAGUAUGUGCAAGAAAUGCGUUUUGCUGAAUAGUAGGUAACAUCGACUCCUGAAGAAGGAACAGACGUCAGUCUCUAGAUAACAUUGAUCAUGGAAAGUUCGAAAUAUGAUGGACACCGAGAUUUCGAAUGGGCGGUAAAACUAAACCGUUUUACUUUAAAUUUUCUUGGACUUUGGCCUAACAUCUCACAAAAUCCUCGACAGAAGUUAAUGUGCAAUUUUCGCGUGCUGGUAGUUUUGAUGGGAUUAAUCAGCCUUCUUAUUCCCUCGAUACAUUCCCUGAUUAAAGUUUUUGGAAACAGUUUGCUAAUGUUAGAUAAUUUACAAUUUACUUUGCCAGUUAUAAGCUGCUUGAUUAGAAUCAUGAUUCUUUGGUGGAAAAAAGAAGCCAUCAUACCAAUUAUGCACAUGAUAACGAAGGAUUGGAUAAAGUUAAAAAGUGAUCAGGAAAGAAGUUUAAUGAUCCGAAGAGCGCGGAGUGCACGUAUAAUUAUUAUUUGUUCUUAUUGUAUAAUGGGAACAGGGUGCUUUUUUGUCGCAAUUCUGCCCGCUUUUGGAAUAACAAUGAGAUUAACUCCUAAUAUUACUGAUCCAGGAAAACCAAUGCCUUUACAAACACAUUAUAUUUAUGAUAUAACAAAAAGGCCGCAAUACGAACUGACAUUAAUUAGUCAAGUUAUCUGUGUAACUAUUGCUAUGAUGGCCUACACUGGAAUAGACAAUUUUCUCAGUCUCCUAGUUUUUCAUAUCUGCGGUCAAUUAGACAUUCUCAAGAAUCGUUUGCAACAUUUGGAUAAAUAUAUGAAUUGUCAUGAAAUGCUAAAGUAUUGCAUAGCAAAACAUGUUCGUUUGCUCAGAGCUAUUGAUGUCAUUGAAGAUACAUAUAAUGUAAUACUUCUUUCCUUAUUUAUAUAUUUUGCGAUACUUUUCGCUUUCUAUGGAUUUCGGAUGAUUAGUUUAUUCGACGAAGGGAAUGAUAUGUCGUUUGCUCACUUAUUAUAUUUUGUUUCUACUGUUUUUAAUAUAUUUGGACACAUGUGCAUAUAUUGCGUUCUUGGUGAAAUUUUGAUGGCUCAGUGCAAUAAAAUAUAUUAUGCAGCAUAUAGUAAUAAAUGGUAUACCCUAAACUCGAAGACUGUUGAAGAUUUGUUGUUUUUAAUGAUAAGAGGUUCUAAACCAAUCUAUCUCACCGUUGGAAAAGUGUCCCCUGUUACAAUGGCCACAUUUUGCAGUUUAGUAAAAACAUCCGUUGGUUAUAUAUCUGUUUUGCACACAACGAGAAGAACAGACGUCAGUCUCUAUACAACAUUCAACAUGGAAAGUUCAAAACAUGAUGGGUAUCAAGACUUCGAAUGGGCAGUGAAACUAAAUUGUAUCACGUUAAAUUUUCUUGGACUUUGGCCUAAGAUUGCACGAAAUUCUCGAGAGAAGUUGAUGUGCAAUUUUCGCGUGCUUGUCGCUUGUUUGGGACUCAUGCUUUGCGUUUUGAUUCCUUCUAUACACUCACUGAUAAGAAUUUUUGGAGAUAUCAUACUAAUGAUAGAUAAUUUAAAUUUUACUUUACCAGCAAUAAGUUGCAUGUUAAGAAUUAUUAUUUUUUGGUGGAAGAAGGAAGCUAUCAUACCGAUUAUAAAUAUGAUGGCGGAGGAUUGGACAAAAUCCAAAAGUGCGCAAGAAAGAAACAUAAUGAUUAAAAGGGCUCAGACUGCACGCAUAAUAGUUACUUGCGCGUACUGCAUAAUAGGAACAGCAUGCUUUUUCAUCGUCGUUCCUUCGAUCUUUGGAGUGUCAAUGAGAUUCGCUUCCAAUAUUACUGAUCCUGACAAACCAAUGAUUCUACAAACUUAUUAUAUUUACGACGUAUCUAAAUCACCUCAUUACGAACUAACAUUUAUUUGUCAAGCUAUUUUUAUUUGUGUCGGCAUUAUGUCUUAUACUAGCAUCGACAAUUUCCUCGGACUACUAAUUUUCCAUAUAUGCGGUCAACUAAACAUUCUGAAGAAUCGUUUAAUAUGUUUUGAUAAAUGCAUCAAAUCUCACAUGCUGAAAACCUGCGUAAUAGAUCAUGUCCGUUUACUUAGAGCUAUUGCCGUUAUUGAAGAUACGUAUAACACAAUACUACUAGCCUUAUUUAUAUACUUUGCGAUACUGUUCGCCUUUUAUGGCUUCUGGAUAAUUAGCCUAUUUGGCAAUGGAAACGAUAUAUCGCUUAUUUAUUUAAUAUGUUUUAUAUUCAUUAUUUUUAAUUUGCUUGGACAUAUGUGCUUAUAUUGUGCUCUUGGGGAAUUUUUGAUAGCUCAAUGCAAUGAAAUGUAUUAUGCGGCAUAUAACAAUAAAUGGUACUCUGCGGAUCCAAAAGUUGCACAAGAUUUGUUGCUUUUGAUAACACAAGGUGCUAAACCAAUUUAUCUUACUGCUGGAAAAGUGUUUCCCUUAACAAUGGCUACAUUUUGCAGUUUAGUGAAAACAUCAGGUGGUUAUAUAUCCAUUUUACUUACAACAAGGAUGUAAUAAAUAAUAUAUAUGUAUAAUAUAAUUUAAUAAUUAUACAAGUAUUGAUUUUUUAUUUGCAAAUAAAUUAUAGAUAUCUU